AUGAGGUUAGCUCCAAGCUGUCUACUUUCACUCGCCGUUCUAGCGACUGCCAUCACUGCUAGUAAUGUGCACUGCAAAUGUACUCCCAACGACUCAUGCUGGCCCCUAGCCUCUGAAUGGGCAUCUCUCAAUACCACCCUUUCCGGAUGCUUGAUCAAAAAAGUACCUCUAGGCAGUGUCUGUUACCCAUCACAGCCAAACUACGACCCUGUUGCCUGUGAGGAUGUGAUCAAGAACUGGACUACCUCGUCAUUCCACUCUUCCGACCCUUCGAGCAUAGCCGAUCCUGUCUCAUCCAACAGUAGCUGCACGCCAAUAUACCCCAAUGGAACGAGUCUCUCGGGAGACCCAGAUGCAGGCUCGAGGGGGUGCACACUGGGGAAUCUCUCUCCGUAUGUUAUCAAUGCAAGCGAGGCCAGUCAUGUUCAGGCGGCCUUGAAGUUUGCGAAAGCGCAUAAUCUACGCUUAAACAUUAAGAACACGGGACAUAAUCCGGAUAAGAGGAUCUGGACUCACGCCAUGAAACAAUUUCAAUUCCACGAAUCCUACACGCCUUUAAGUUGUCCUCAAACCGUUGGUCAUAUGGCGGCAACCCUCGGCGCGGGAAUUCAGGACGGAGAAUUAUUCGAACUAUUGGCGCAACACAAUGCGAUUGGUGUUGGUGGAACAAACACAGACGUUGGCGUUAUCGGCUGGGCUACUGGUGGAGGACAUGGCUUUGCGACCAUGGAAUAUGGAAUGGGCGCUGACAACAUCAUCGAGGCUGUACUGGUCACUCCUGACGGAGAAGUCCUAACCGUGAACCAAUGUCAGAAUGAGGAUCUUUACUGGGCUAUCCGUGGCGGCGGUGGUGGCACGUUCGGCGUAAUUCUCAGCGUUACAGUCAAGGCGUAUCCGAUGCCAUCUGUCACAAUGGUCGGUCUAGACCUUACUGCGCGCAAUGGUACGACACCUAGAGGAUGGUGGAAACUGAUUGCAGAGAUCCACAAAGAGCUGGCCGUACUGCAGGACUCCGGUAUUGGCGGAUAUUGGACUAUUUCAGGGCCUCCAUUCCACUUCGGUCAUGCCAUGUUUCAAUAUAACACUACCAGUGCCGACUCGGCUGACCAGGAAAUGCUCCCGCUCAAGAAACUGCUAGACCACCGAAAUGGGACGGUAUCGUCGAAUAUUACCAAGUUCCACACCGCAUCUUGGUACAACUUAACCAAGAUGUUUCCCCGGGUGGAGCAUACGGGCACUUCCCGGUCUGCUCGCACGUCUCGAUUGAUACCCCGCCGGGCAGUUGAGGAUACUCGAGGAUUUGCUUAUAUUCUGGAAAAGAUUGGCCCUCAACCAGACGAUCCAAAGAACGCAGUGUCCAAUCCAUCAAUGUCCGGAACAAUGACCCCCGGCAAAAAAAUGGUGGACAAUUCCUUGAAUCCAGCCUGGCGCGAUGCCGUCGUCCACCUCAUCACCAGUCAGUCCUGGAAUGACUCACUACCAGACUCGGUUGCGGCCGAAACAUACGACAGAAUGACCAACGAAAAGGGCUAUUUGCUGCGCCAGAUAGCACCAGAUUCGGGUGCCUACUACAAUGAGGCGGAUCGUCAUGAGCCCAAUUGGCAAUGGUCUUUCUGGGGACCUCAUUAUGCUCGACUACCUUUAGGGUUCUAG